AUGGUCGGCACAGUACGAAAAGACAAACGAGAAGUUCCUCGGGAAUUUCGUGUCGCAAGAGGAAGUCCAUUAUGUUCUUCUAAAUUUGAGUUCCACCCACCAUGCACACUAGUAUCGUACGUGCCAAAACCAAAUAAAGUUGUCAUCUUGAUGUCAACGAUGCAUAACGAUGCCAUAAUUGAUGCUGACUCUGGAGACAGUCGAAAGCCAGAAGUAAUAACUUAUUACAAUAGGACGAAAAAUGGAGUUGACUCUUGA